AUGCCAAGAUCUUUGCGGAACCUUGCCAUUACUUUUAAUCCAGAUUUAGAAAAGGAAUUCGUCUCAACAGCAUUCUGCUCCGUAACCGGGCUUAAAGAACCACUAAAGCUAUCCCUCUGCGGUGAAGGUAGAGGACCAGAAAUUGAGUUUUCCUUUACCUCACUGAAUGUUGGCAAGAUUUUGGUAACGACAAAGAAAGCUCUUGACCUGGUACUGCAUAACAGAAGUGAUAUUGAGGCAUCAUACUCUAUGCAUUUACACUCGGAUGAUUAUGAAGUUAUGCCACUAGAAGGCAUCGUAGUCGCCAACGGAUAUCAAGUCGUUACAGUGACUCUUCGGUCGUUGUAUUUGGGACCGUUUACGCACUGCAUUGACAUUGAGAUAUCGGGGAGUUUGAGAAUGAAAACCGUCAGCAUAAGCGGUGAAGUCGUUCCUCCUGAAUUGUUAAUUGAACCAUCCCCUUUGGACUUUGGGAGAGUGGCUUUCGGUUUCGAGGUGACAAAAAAAAUGACAGUGAAGAACCCAUCCGCAAUUCUCAUUCCAGUUACUUUUGAGGUCGGAACUCAUCUCCUCAAGGUCAGCCCAUCGCAGGUCCUUCUACAAGGAAUGGACGUCAUUGAGGCAGAAAUUACCUAUUCUGCUGUCGAUGUAGACAUCACUGACAGUCGCAUUUACAUUAACAUGAAGUCAGUGGGAAAUAUUUUCGAGAUUCCAGUCGUCGCCAAAUGCUGCGUUCCACAGAUCCAAGCUCAAUUUUCACAAAUCGAACUCCAGUCCUGCUUCCUUAACCAUCCACGAGAGUUUGCUGUUCAUCUUCUGAAUCCUUCCGAUCUUCCCGCCAUGUAUCACGUUCAACCAAAGGAAAACAUUAAUGUUCACUUGGUGGUAACAUCGUCGGAGGGUGUGCUGCCUCCAGGAGAGGUGACGAUUGUAUCCCUGAGAGCCUAUGCAAAGGUUACAGGAGUUGUUCCUGCAAGACUAGAAAUUUUGAUUGAUGGAGCCGAUUAUAAUCCUCUGGUGGUUGAAGUUAUCUGCUACUGUGUCGGCCCCGUCUUAUUCGUAAAAGCGAAAAAGGUGGAUUUCGGUGAGAUUGAGGCUCUCACGCCCACGCAGCGUAUCAUACCGCUAUCUAACGAGUCGCCGAUUCCAGCACACUUGACAAACAUUAGGGUGCAGAAAUCUACCGUCUUUCAUGUAAGCCCAUCAGAAACGACAAUACCGCCGUUCGGUAAAGGUGAGAUUAAAGUAACUGCAUGUGCCGACGAGGUCGAUGUAAAACUUUCCGGUCUGCUGGAAAUCUACGUGCAGAGCGCCGAGGCUUCUCCUUACACUCUACCACUGCAAGCCAUCGGUGUUGGCAGUACAAUCGUAAUUGAACCGGAAAUGUCACCGAACUUGUCUUUGGGUCAGCAGUUUGAAUCACUGGUACAGACAAAAGUUUUUGCAAUAAAGAAUUGUGGAAGGCGUCAACAGCGUCUUGUCUGGACAACAGAAAACAUCCUCUGCAUUCAGAAUGCGGAAUCUAGGAAGAAGCCCAAGCAUUCGGAAUACCUAAUUAAGUUAGAUCCUCCAAAGUUUGAGCUGAAGUCUCUCCAAGGCGUAGACCUAUCUUUGAUGGUAUCCUCCGGCAGAGCUAUGGAAAUAAGGUUCACCCUCAAAUGCCACACAGUGAUAGACAACGCCGGGCACAAACGGCUUCUUCGAGAGUGUACCGUCUCAGCGGAGUUUAUCAAGCCCAUGAUCGAGGUUGCUCCAAAUCCAAUUAAUUUUUGUCUCCUUAAAAGCACCGUGUUAACCAAUCUCACGGGAAUUGAAACUACAAUCCAGGUGGUCGUCAACGAACCAUUCUUCCUCAUCGAAUAUGCGAGACUAGCUCAAAGUCUUGAACUCACGCUUUCUGGUAGAGGUGAGAGAAGAUUCUGGAUUGGAUUCAAUCCACGCCUAUGGAACAAUAGAAACACAAGUUUUGUUGUCGAUGAACACCUAUCAAUCUCUUUCCUCAAACACCCAUCAAAGCUCGCUAUCCCCAUUCGCGGAGAGGUCUGGUUCCCCAGCCUUCAACUUGAAACUAAUCUCCUGGAUUUUGGAUGCGUAGAAAAUGGAAGUGAAGUGCAAAAAUGUCUGAUUCUGUUCAACAACAGUCCAAUCGAAGUCAGCUAUCAGUGGAAGCUUACUCAUGGUUUCCUCAAGAAUAACCCAAAGGAGCAAUUGCGCCUCCCCACACGUUCAAAAUCGCAGGAAUUGCGCCCGGCUCCUGAAGCGCCUCUUGUUCAUGCCUCUUCGAUCGCCAAAAUUGACGCACUACACAUCACAGAUGUAUUUACAAUCACACCCGAGUCGAACAUUGUGGCCGCAGGCGAAAGUGUCUCUACCUGCAUUAACUUUCAUGCCCCCUCGGAUGUGUCAGCCCGAUGUGUUGCGGUUUGUGACGUUACUGACGGUCUGAGCUACACCGUGGACUUGGUUGGUGAAUGCUCGACCUCCGACUGCUAUGUCAGAACGAACGAAGUAUCAUUUGGGGAGAUUCAAUUCGGUGUAGAGGUGACAGAAUCAUUCCACAUCUACAAUGCUGGAAAGGUGCCAAGUUCAUUCUGCUUUACUUGGGAUAAGAAUGAUGUGAAACUUCGAAUAUUACCAAUGGAGGGGGAAGUACCAGGAAAAGGUCUUGCUGAAGUGACGGUAUACGCGGAGGUGCCAAAACCGAUGGCGUUCACAGUCUUUGCUAAAGUUCAUCUAGAUGGCAAGCAUCCAGAACCAAUUAUGGUCCAUGGAAUGGCCUGCUUUCCCCACUUGGUGUUAGAUUCGCCUCGUCCGGAUGGUAAGUCUCCAAGACGAAACAAUUUAUGCAAAGUUGAAGUGGAAUUUCUAACUUCCCAGCUAACUGUUGAGCUACCAAGUCUCCCUCUGACCCUUCCAUCUUAUGAGCUUGACCUUUAUGACAUCAAUCAGGGUGAGGUCAAGGAAAGAAAAUUGACUUUUAGACAACUGGGCCACAAUUUUGCAUGCCAUCCACACAUCGAAAAGAUGGACAGGAAGUUGUUAGGCAAGAGAGGCGUGACUGUUCAAAUCGAGGACAAAAUUUCCAUAGCAUUUGAUUCAUCUAACAGCGAAACGGGUCAUAUUGCCCUGGAGAUACCCUUAAAGGUUGUUGCUCCGAAUCUGGAAAUCAGCGAAGAUCGUCUCGAUUUUGGCGAAGUCUACAUGGACGAGGCCAAAAUAUUGGCUGUUCAGUUGCACAAUCCAACACCUUUUUCCAUGAAUUGGAGCGAAUCACGACUCCAGGCGACUGCAAGUGCCUUUGAGGUCAUGCCGAGGGGCGGGUGCCUGCAGCCAGACCAAAGAACCAACGUGUUUAUUAAGUACAAUCCCAGAAUAAGUGGACCUGUAAGGGAAACGAUCAACCUUCAUUUAAGAGAAAGCAAAGCAGAGUUGUCAGUUACUUGUCAAGGCGUGGGACUGGAGCCGCACCUGAUAUUCCAGCCGCAUAUAGUGGAGUUCAAGCCUCUACUACCUAAUGGAGAGACGGAUGAACAAGUCAUUUUUGUCAAGAAUCCCUGUCCUUUUCCUGUGGAAUUCUACAGUCUUGAUUUUGAUCAAGAGGAAAGAUGCCUCACCUCCUUGCCUAUGUUUGAUGAGGCUGAAGAAGUACUUCUACCACCGAGAAAACCAAGGGAAAGUUUGGCAGUGGAACUGUCUCAAGUAAAGGAGUCAAAUGUUGGCAUACCAAAGGUAAGGAUAUCUGUUGACUUAGUCUCGUCAAAUUUCAUCGCAGAUGAGUCGCCAGAGGAGUUCACAACGAGAUAUGUGGAGGAAAGGCAGAUUGGGGUCGAAGGGACUGGAAUUGUAUUGCUGAUCUUCGGUUCACCGCUUUCAGGGAAAAAUGAUCUCGCUAAGUCUCUAGCACAGUAUUAUAAUGCAGCAAACCUUAAUUUGGAGGAGUUCUUUGCCACUCUCGACACCACAGUUUCGCAGAAUUCUGAGGAAGUAGCUCUAUCUGGGCGGCUGAUGUUGUCCGACUGUACGUUUGGACUCGUAGUGAGUGAAAUAAACAGCUCCAAACGAUGUGAGGUUGUUCUUAAAGCCCUGGGCAAGAAGGCAAUACAUGUUUUUGCGGUGACAGUCGUUCGUGACAUAGCUUCGAUCAAUCUGGCAGAUGCCCGCUACGAGGAGGCCUUGAGCAAGGCAGAAGAGCAUGCUUUUGAAUGCAAAGUUAGAAAAUACCGGGAUCUGGAGGAGUGGCAAUACGACACACUGUCAGACAGUGCCCGUGCAGAAGUUAAUUCCAUCCUGGUCAAGUGGAAAUGUCAGCAGCAGCACAUGAAAAGUAAAGAGGUAAAGGAAUUUGAGAAGGAGCACCGCAGAACCUGUCACCUUCUAAGCACUUGGGACACCAAGAACCAAGAGCAAAAUCUAAACGGAGCAACACGACCACCGACUGACUUAAAAUCGCCUAAACAUGUUUCCUCCCAUGAUCCGGGGGAAAGUCUUGUCGGCAUUGCACACUUUGUUGUCCAUUCGAAAUUGGACGUCGAGAUUGGGGAGGCAAAUGCGGACCGGAUCUUUGAAUGCGUUAAAGAUGUCCAACGAGAGAGCCCAAACAUCUCGAUGAUGGUGGACAGUCUAUUGGCUCAUUUACCAGCACGAGAGGAGAUUCGGCGUCAAUUGGGCUAUGGACCACUUCCCAUCGACGUUCCCACAGCAAUGACAUUUUCUGUUCUUCGUCGACCAGCUGAAAGGAAGAAGUGUGACGAAUUAAAUCCCUUUUUCACCAUUGUAAAGGCUUCAGUGCUGGCUGUGCUUUACAGAAUUUUGGCUGGCGAGUACAAGGAGAAUGUUACAGAGCUGCAACUGCAAAACGAUGGACUGCUUGAUGUGGAAGUAAAGUUGACAUUUGAGGACGAUAAAGAGGAUGAAAAUUUUGCGGUGUCACCGACAGAACUUCACAUUUAUCGGGAUGAAAUGAAAGUUGUAAAAGUGUAUGCUCUACCAACAACAAAUGUCAUUGCAACGAGCAAAUUAAUUGGUUGGAUUAGGAACAAUCCAGAACCUAUCAAAUGGGACUUUGCUGUGAUUGGUGUUUUACCGAAUCUUACAGUUCAAACGAACGUUGUUAAUUUUGGGAAAAUUCCAUUAAAUAAAACUGAAAGGCAGCAAAUUCUGAUUCUUAAUCCUACCCAAAUCCCCAUUGCUUGGAAAUGCGAGUUUUUGGGGUCAUCUAAGGAAAAUAGCUUUCGAGUAUUCCCCUCUACUGGCAUUCUUAAAUCGUCCAAUGAUAUGGUAAACAUUACAGUGGAGUAUGAUGGGUCUCCUAUUCCUCAAAAGAUAGCAAUCAAGAAGUGGUUGCGCUUUGUUGCAAUGGAUACUAGAGGAUUGUCAAAUCCGAUGGUCAUUCAACCGCCUGUUGGUGUUCAAGUGGAGGUGGUGGAUCCCAAGUUUGAGAUUUUUAUGCCAAAAGUGGAAGUGUGCAGUCCGUCCUUGGAAAUUGUAGAUCUGACUUCUAUUUUCGAGGAGCAUCAAAUCUGCCAAUCCCUUAAUGAACUUGAGAGCCUGGCAAAUCAUGGCAUUGUAGGCGCAACAUACAUUGAGAACGAAAAUUGUUUUGACUUUGGGACUACACCAAUUGGCGUUGCUUCACGUGGAAGGUUUCGGAUUUCUAACAAUUCUAAGGCUGCUCUGGAUUUGAGUUUCGUUUUAAGACAGGCGAAAUCAGAAAGGAAACGAAAAACUCGACGGAAUGAUACUAACGCCUUAGAGGCGUUUAAUGUGUUCCCUGCUGUAUCACACAUUGAACCUUACCAGUCUGUCUACGUCGAUUGUUCCUUCACCUCGAAUUCGCUCGGGAUUUUCUCGACUAUUUUCCAAGUUCUUACUGAGGGGGAGCGUGCUCCCUUGUUGCAGUUUGACUUGCGGGGUAAAGGACAGCUGCCUCAUGCUAUCGUAGAAGAACCGACCUCACGAAAUUCUCGAGGACAUCUCUACUUGCUUUUUAACAAAUAUCAUGCCUCAAAGGCCAUCGUAAUUAGGAAUGAUAGGGUGAUUCCGUGUCAGGUAAAUGUUAAUGUGGAGACAACGGAAGGCCAUUACGAGGCUUUCGGACUAGGUGAUUGCCAUUUUGGAAACGAAGACGGUGUUACAUCUGACGUUCGGCAAACCUCGGUCAAUUUUACAUUAGCCGCGGGUGAUACCCGGAGUCUCGAGGUCACUUUCAUGCCCAUGAAACACAACAUCAGUGGCCGUGUAAUCGGGUGCAUUAAAAUUUUCUUCCAAGGCAAUAACUAUGAUAAAGAAGUUAUUGAACUAUGUGGAGUCUUUCCAUCAGAGCUUAUAUCAACUCCACAAAUUCAAUUACCUCAUUCAACAACGGAAUUUGAGGAUUUUGAAGGCGAGAUUUUAGAAACCGCUAUGAAUCACAUGAGGUUCGGUAACUGCUAUGUUGGAUCCACAAUCACUGAGCGCCUUGUUAUAAGUUAUCCAGCCAAAACUGAAGAAAAUGACUGUACAGCAUUCAAAGACGGAAAACCUCAAGCAUUUACAUUUUCUUGGCCACAAGACCAUCCACAUUUGCAAUUUGAACCAGCCACCGGGGAAUUGCGUCCGGGAUCCUCAUUGUCCGUGUUUGUGAAGUUUCGCAGUGAUAGACCUGCCGUCUAUCAUAUGUCGCCAGUACGUUGUGAGCUUACAAAGUUAUCGAAGGAAGAACUUCAAAAGGACCAUUUCAAAAUUAUUGGAAACGAAGGCGUUGAUAAGGCUCAUCCUUGUGCUCGCAGCGCAGGAUCGCUCCCACGUCGAGUUAUGGGAUCACCCAAGUUAAAAUCGGAUUAUCAACCAGAUAUCCACUCUGAAGAUACUCUCAGAUACAGUGCAGUGGAUGAUGAAAAAAUGGUGCAGGAGAAGACGACGUUCCUAGACUUUUACUUUACCGUUGACUGUGAUUUUGUGGAAUACUUGUGUGAAGCGAACUCUAUUGAAUUUGCAGAUACACCUCUGUACUGUGAAACAGUUAAAACGUCAUUUGAGAUCACAAAUGCUAGUGAAUCUUGCAUUGAACUUGGCGUCAAUAAGGUCGAUCCAAGUGAUAAAACGAUGGAUGUGGUGCUUUCUGCAACCACCAUUGAACCGGGUCACUCAAUUAACGUGGAAGUGUCAUUUGUGAGCCAGACCAAAGAGACGAAAGAGGUGUGUGUAAUCUUUGAAACGACUGGGUACCGCAAGCCGCUGCUUCUUGUGGGUCAAGUGAGGGAGGCAAUCGUUGCCUUUGAUCGAAGCCACCUCCGCCUGCCAGAAGUUCCCAUCGGUAGAGAAGUUGAAAAGGUUGUUCACCUCGUCAAUACUGAGGCAUUUUCAGUGAAUUUUAAGAUCAUCAGAUCAACUCUCCAGUGCAAUGAUAGUCCGGACAAAAUUUUGGUCUCGCCCAUGGCAGGAUGUGUCCAACCACAUGAAAAGUAA